AUGCAUCUUAUCGGCGAGCUAAGUUGUCCAAACAGCCGAGCGGUUGCCCCAGGUGGCCAGCUUUUGGAGCCAGUGACGGGCGUCGCAUCCUCGCAGCCAGGUCAGACAUCGGCAGCUUCGACAAGCCCCUCACCCUUUGUUGCGGCGAGCUUCGAAGCGGUGGACACGAACCAGGAUGGUGUCAUCACCCGUGCAGAGUUCCAACAAGCGGCGAACAGCGGCCUCAUCUAUCCAGUUGGCAGUGCGCCCGUGAGGUCCGUUUCGCCAAUGCAGCAUCGUGGUGUCCCUGCGUUUGCAUAUGCGCAGCCAUUGAAUCGUGGAGUGUCGCCAGAGCCGAGGAACCCGGCCGGUCAGAUUAAUGUUGGCAGCUCUGCACAUCUGCUGCAGGCCGAUAUUGACAUGGGAUGCCAUGCCAGUAGCAGCGCCAGUCCAGACCGUGUCGGCUCUGACCUCAGAACAGGCUUCGCAAACACGGUGAAAGUAUGGCAAGCUGUCCUGUUGCACUUUGCCUACGAUGAACACGAGUCUGAGCCAGAGCCGCCACAGAAUUUUUCCGAGGAUCUCAUCAAGCGCAUUGAUGGGGUCGUGACCGAGAUGGAACGGGAGCUCUCAGACGAUCUCGCAGCGUGUGUCAAAUCUCCGCUGAACGAGCUCAAAACCGAUGCGGAGUUGGGUGGCACCACGGAAGACGCCGAUGGGACUGGCGACAACGAGAGCACACUUGACUGGAUUGACAAACAGAUCCGGGCCAUCGAGCAGCGCCGCGAGGCUUGCGAGCUGAGGCAGACCCAUCUGUCCGAUCUGCGGCGCCUAGUUGCAGAUGGCGAGCGCGGCCAGCUAUCAGGCCGCCGCCUAAUUCGUGACGAAGGGCUCUAUGCUGCACCGCCGGAGGAUUUCGAUGAGGCCGGGAACAGCCCCGCCCGGCGGCUCUCGAUCCUCGAGGCCGAACACGAGGAGCUCAAGAAGCAGGUUGAGUCUGAACGGCUGGAGCUCCUGAAGGUGCGCUCCAACCUGGAGAUGGAGUGCGAGCGUCGGUUAGAAGAGGUGCGGGCGCUUGCAGACUCGGUCCAGGAGGGUCGGCAGCGUGCUAUAGUUGCCGAAGAGGCAGCUAACCAGCGCGCCAAAGAAGCUGGCUUCCAGGUCCAAGUGCUGCAGGAUCGCCUACGUGAGGCAGAGGCAACCUUAGAGCGUGAGCGCCAGCAGUUCCGCGCAGCGCAAGAAGCGCAAGCUGCGGCAGGUGCUGAUCUCCGCCAACUGGAGGAGAACUCUCGCGCGGUGCUUGCAGACUGCCGUGCUUUACAGCAGAAGGUUCGUGAGCUGGAGCUGGAACGAGCGGCUUUCCUCGAAGUCCAAGCGAAAUCCGAGGAAGAGCGCAAGGCCAUGAUGGGUCGCAUUAGCCAGUUCGAGGAUGAAAAGUCGCGAGACAUUGAGUCGGUGCUGCAGCAUCACCGCGAGCAAUGGCGGGAGGCCGCCAACAGGGAAUCGGAGCAGAUGCGGGCCUCCCUUGAGGCAACACAUGGCCGCAACCUGAAGGAUCUGGAGAGGCAGGCCCAAGCCAGGGCGGCCGAACCGCACCCGACUCUUCUCAAGGAGAUGGAAGACUUGAGAGCAGAACGCCUGAGGCUUCAGGCCGAGCGUGACUCCGAGCAGCGGGCGCGAGUGGAGGUGGAACAGAGGCAUGCUGCAGCAGUCAAAGAUGCUGCAAUGCUCAGAGAAGAUCAGCAGCGACUGCAGGCCGCUCACGCAGCGGAAGAGCGUGCCAAGGAGGAUGUCGCGGCGAAGCACAACGCCGUGUUGGCGGACAUGGAAAGGAUCAAAGGAGACAAGCUCGAGUUGGAGAAGGACCAAGCUGCAGAGAAGCAAGCCAGAUUGCUUGCGGAGCAGAAGCACGCUGCAGCCCUCGAGGAUGCAAGGCGCCUGAAGGCCGACCAAGAAAAGUUACAAGCAGACAAGCUGGCUGAGCAACAAGCACGCGCGGAGGCAGAGCGCAGGCACCAGUCUGUCCUCAAGGAUAUGGAGCAGGUUCGUGCAGACCACCAACGUGUCACCCAAGAGAAGGAAGAGGAAGCUCGUCUGCGCGCAGAGGCAGAAACGAGGCAUGCAGCCGUUGCCAAAGACAUGCAGAAGCUCCAGGAAGACCACUCGAGGCUGAAAGCCGACAAAGAUGCAGAAGAGAACGCAAAACUGGAGGUGCAGCGACUCCAUCAGGAGGUGCUGCGAGAGAAGGCCUCUGGACACGGUCAUUUGCAGGAGCUCUUGGAGGCCGAGAGACGAGCCAAGGAAGAGAUGCAGCAGCGCCAUGCAGCGGUGGAAGGCGACAAACAGAAGAUGGCUCAAGAUCAGGCCAAGAUGCAGGCAGACCAGGCCCGCGAAGCUCAGCUACGAGCGCAGGCUGAACAAAAGCACGAAGAGCUUGCACGAGAUUUGCAGAAGUUACGUGAAGAUCAACAGCGUCUGCAGUCCGACAAAGAUGCCGAAAGCCAGGCCAAAGCUGAGGCCGAGCGGCGACAUGCUGCAGUUCUCCAGGAUAUGCAGAAGCUGACGGCAGACAAGCAGAAACUGGAGGCAGAUCAUGCUGCUGAGAGACAGGCACGGCAAGAGGCGGAGAAGAAGCAUGUGGAAGUUCUGCAAGACCGAGAGAAGAUGUCUUCGGACAUGCACUCCCUUCAGCGAGACAAGGAUGCGGAGACUACAGCCAAAGAGGAGUACGCACGAAAACACGAGGCCGCCUUGAAGCAGCUGGACCUCGUGAAGGCUGACCAGGCCAAGCUGCGCUUGGACAAGGAGUCUGAAGCUCGCGCCAGGGCAGAUCUGGAAGCAAAGCAUCAGGCUGUCCUGCGCGAAAAAGAAGAGAUUCAGGCACAGCAUCUGAAAGUUCAGCAGGAUAGGGACAGGCUGGAAGCGCUCCAUGGCCAUGUCUCGCGCGACCACGAAGAGGCUCAUUCCAAGCUGAGAGCUGCCCACGAGGCCGAACUGAAGCAUACCAAGGACUCGCACCUGCAGCUCAAGGCGGAAUGGGAAGGACGACACCAGGACUUGUUGCAGGAGCUUGACAAGCUCCGUGCCGAGCACCGAAAGCUGCAGCAGGAACGGGAUGACGAGCGACGAGGGCGAGAGCGUGUUCACAGCGACCACCAAACAGCCCUUCGCGACGCAGAGUCAACGAAGAUCCAGCUGGAUGGCCUCAAGGCGCGCAAUGCAGGCGACCGAGCCUCCCUGGACGAGGCAAACAGCAGGCUUCGCACGCUUCAAGCAGAGCGGGAUACCUUGGCGGCAGAUGUCACCACGCUGAAGAAGUUGAAGGAAGAAAAGGCCAAAGCAGAAACUGACCUCCGGGAAGCCUUAAACAACCAGGAGGCGGAGGUAAAGCUUCUGCAGAAGAAGUUAGAAGAGCGGAACCAGGAGGCUCGACAAUCUGAAGAUAAGCGGCGACUGCAGGAAGAGAAGUUGUCAUCGCUGUUGUCGCAGCUGGCUGCUGAGAAGAAGGAUGCCGAGGAGUUGAAGCAAACACUUGAGCAGGUCCGCAGCGAAGGAUUGCAGAUCGCCAGUCGAGCAGAGGAAAUUCAGAACACUUCGAGCGACUGGCAGCGAAAAUAUGAGGAGCUCAUCAGACAACACCAGGAAUUGAAGGCCGCCACAGCAUCCAUAGCCAAAACGAAAAGUGAUGCUGAAAUGCGGGCACAUCGGAUGUCCCUUUGGGCAGACCCGAUGAACUUCUUGGCCGGCUUGGAGGAGGAGCUGCUGCCUGGAUCCAAUGUAGACGUUGUCCUCCAGGUGCGCAAAGCGCACAAGGAACUGGAAGACAACAUUUCGAAUGCCACGGAGGUCCACAUCAAAUCCAUCAACGCUCAGCUGGAGGGGGCUGCUGUUGCCGAGAGCAAGGGCCUGCCCCUUCGGCGUGGGCUUACCGACUACGAGAAAAAGACGGAGAUUGAAUCUGAGCGCCACACUGAACAACUCAGACUGGAUGCACGGCUCCAUGACUUGAAGGCCCUGCAGGAAGAGGUUGCGUUGGAGCACAGCCUGUCAGAGUCUGACCAGCAGAAGAUCAAAGAGUACCUGCAGCGGGACAUGAAGCGCUGCGAAGAGGAGCUGGAGAUACUGAAGCCGACAUCAGCUCUUGCAUCAGUCCCCGACCAGCUCAUCGAGGUCCUUCAAGCCAUGGCACAGGACGACAUGCCGGAACGGUUCGAGCAUGGCUACUCGCCUAUGCAUUGGGCAGCUCAUCGAGGUCGCCGAGACCUUGUGGAAUUCCUCCGUCGACUGGUGGACAACGGCCACAGUCUCUUGUCAUCCCGAGAUGACCAAGGUCGCACACCGCUCUUCUAUGCAGAGCGAGCGGGACGUACGGGCUUGGCCUACCACCUGCGCCGGGUGGGAGGCGAAGCUGACCCCUUCAGGCCGUCUUCUGAGCGGCCGCAGGUUGAUUCUCUGCCUGCUGCAUACCAGCAGGUCCUGCGGCAAGUCGAGACCAGGGGAUGGCAUUCCAUGAAGUGGAAGGAGGACUACACCAUGCUGCACUGGGCUUCGAGCAAAGGCCACAAGGAUCUCGCCAUGUACCUGAUUGGUCUCAAUGCCAACCCGAACGACCUCGACGGCAAGGGCCGCACGCCGGCCGCCUGCGCCACGGAAGCCGGUCACAUGGACCUGGUGGCUGCUCUGCAGGCCCAGGCAAGCCUCAAGCGUGCGUCAUGCAUUCAUGUCUCCUGUGUCGUCAGGGGAUCGACAGCAUCUUCUCGUCUUCGCCGUUGUCGCCAUCGUCUGGUCCGGUUGCGAUGA